AGUGCAUUUUCACAUGGCCAUGAAACAGACCAUCGCGAAAUCUACUCAAAGCAACUACUACAACACCAUGAUAAGAUGGUUAAUGGGACGUUAUACCCAGAACAGUAGAUCCGGGGGUGGUGGUACACACGGGGCCAAUAGAUCAAAAUGGUUGAACGAGCUGGAGUUUGAGACCACAUCGUGCCGCUCAAUUCGCCAGAAAAUUCAUACCAGGCUUUUGGACAAUCGGUAUAGAGGAAACCUGGACGUCGACUCGUGGGGGGACUCCUACGGUGCAUAUAACGACAUCAGCCGCGGGUAUGGGGGCGACACCGAGCAGGACUCGGAUGGCUUCUACACCAACGAGUCGAUAAACCGAUAUCUCAAUGAACAGAACCAGAAGUUCAAUGAGCUAAUCAACAAGAAUUUGGAGUACGUGGAGCAUCAGAGCCUCGAUCUCGAGGAAGUGUACAAACUAGAGGCCGAAACGAACGCGUAGUCA